AUGGGGAAUUGUUUUUUAUAAGAGGAAGAAAAGAAUUAGAAAUCUUCAAUAAAAAAAGUUGAUAGCUUUCUUGCAAAAUAAAUUGAAAAAAGGAAUGAAAAACAAAAGGUGACUUUGAAGGAUUUCUUAAGUUAAGGUGAAAUAGGAAGAGUAAUUAUUAAGAUUGAUCAAAAUGUUAGGGUAAAUUUGGGAAGGUCUUAAGAGUAAAAAUGAAAGGGAAAGAUAAUAGGGAAUAUGCAAUGAAAGUUAUUAAAAAAGCUGAUAUUUUAUAAUAUGGACUUGUAGAGCACACAAUGUUAGAGAAGAAUGUUUUAGGCGCAAGCAGAAAUCCAUUUGUUGUUAAAUUGAAAUACUCAUUUUAAACAGAACAAAAACUUUAUUUAGUUAUGGAGUAAAAUAUAUUUUAAUGAAGUUAAGAUUUAUUAAGGGUGGUUAAUUAGCUAAAGUAUUAAGAAAAAGAUAGUCAGGUAGAUUCACGGAAUUAUAAACUAGAUUUUGUGCAGCUGAAAUAAUAUUAGGUUUGGAAUAUAUGCAUAAUACUCUAAGAGUAAUAUAUAGAGAUUUGAAACCAGAAAAUGUUAUGGUCACAGAAGAAGGACAUUUGAAGUUAGCUGAUUUUGGUCUAUCUAAAUAAUAUGAAAAUGAAGAAGCAAAAUUCUUUACUGUAUUAAAUAUAAUACUUAAAAAUUAGCUUGCAGGUACACCAGAAUAUUUAGCUCCAGAAAUUUUAUUUAAUUAAGGUCAUAAUCAUAUGGUUGAUUUUUGGUGUUUAGGAAUUCUUAUUUAUGAAAUGUUAGUAGGUUAGACUCCAUUUUUUGAUGGUUAAGGUAAUCAUAAUACUAUAGAAAAUAAUAUAAAGAAUGGAUAAAUUACUUAUCCUAAUUUUUUAAGUGAGUAAUCAAAGAGUAUUGUGGAUAGAUUAUUGAAUAAAGAUCCAAAAUACAGACUUGGUGCAAAAUCUAUUUAAGAAAUAAAGGAUCAUAAUUUCUUUAGUGAUAUUAAUUGGGAAUAACUAUAUAAUUUGGAUAUCCCAUCUCCAAUUGUAGAAAACACUCAAGUUUAUGUAAGUAUUUAAUAAUGAUAAUUUUAAAGCCUUAAGUUAAGAAGGACUAGUUUGGUAAAAGAAUUUAUGAAACACCAUCAUCACAUUUUAUCGAAACAAAUGGGGAUUUUAAGGGUUUCUCUGCAGCUUAAGAAUGAUUAUAUAUAGAC